UCGCGUAUAAGAUACACCCAUCAAGGGAUUGAAAAUUCUGAUAAAAUGGUGGAUGAUGUGGGCGGAAGCGAUGUGUUCGGGGAUGAAAAUAACGGAGGCUUUUCUUGGAUCAACAAUUGGAUCAAGGGUACUUGGGUGGAAGAAGUUGAGCAUUAUCUGCAUUAUGUCGGAGGCGGCGCAGGAGCUUUGGCGCUGACCGGAGUGGCGGCAGUGUCUGCUCUGUAUUUGGCAUCACGUCCAACCGGCGAAGAACCACUCGUGCCUUUGGAACAACAGUGCAAGAUUGUUGGGGGCUCUGAAAAUAUUCAUGUAUCGCGAUUUUGCAAAGAAGCUGAAGAGGGCAAAUAUAUUUCUUACAUUGAUGAAGAUACAAGGACGCUGUAUGACACCUUCAGAAAAGGGGCCAAAGUAUCAAAUAAUGGCCCAUGCUUGGGAUGGAGAGAAACGACCACAUCACCGUACACAUGGUUAAAUUACAAUGAAACUUUACUCCGAGCCAGGAAUUUUGGCAGUGGACUGGUCGGAUUGGGAUUGAACCCAGGACCAGAAACAUUGAUUGGAGUGUAUGCCCAAAAUUGUCCAGAAUGGAUAUUGACGGAACAAGGCGCCUAUUGCUACGGCAUGGUGAUUGUGCCAUUGUAUGACACAUUAGGACCCGAGGCUUGCGCUUUUAUCAUAAAACAAGCUGAAAUAUCGGUCGUGAUUUGCGAAGAUGAUCGGAAAGCUGGUUUAUUACUGGACAGAUCUCCUCGAUGUCUCAAACGACUGGUCACAAUCAAAGAUGUUCGCCCGGCCACUACCCAAAGAGCCAAAAAUUUAGGCAUGGAAAUAUUGCGAUUUGAAGAUGUUGAAAAAACUGGAGCAGUAUUAGGACAUAAAGAACAACCGCCUAAACCGAGCUACGUAUUUCGUACAACAUACUUCGUUCAUGAACAUGGACAAAACGAAUUUUACCAUGGACAGAAUAAUUACUGA